GUGACGUGACCCAUUCCAUGCUAGGAGUUCUAUCUGGUGCCUUGGACCUUGAGGUGUACAUCUGCACACCCUUAGCCUCAACAAGAACACCCUCCACCUCCACCUAGUCAUUCCUCACUGUGCCCAUCAUCCCCUUGUAUCCCAGUCUGAUCCCCUGGUCACGCCAGAGAGAGGCAGACAGCACAAGCCCAUCUCACAUCUGAGGAACGUCUGAGGGACCCGUGGCACCACACAAAGGCGGAGCCAGCCCCAUGGUGCAUAAGAACUCAGGAAAGAUGAGCAACCACAUCUAGCAGAUCUUUUUUGUGUUUUUCAGAGCAAAGUGUGCAAGAAAUAGGGGGAGAGACAUACUACUGUGAAAUAAAGAGAGUGAACAGGACAGGGAGAAACAGAAGAGGAUGCCUUUUGGGGGGUUUUCGGGGCUGAAGGAGCGGGUUCUGAAACCAGGGAAGGAGGAGGUGAAGAAUACAGUAGGAGACGGUCUGGGGAACCUGCAGAGGAAAAUUGAUGGGACCAAUGUGGACGAGGAUGACCAGAUGGAGCUCACGGAGGACGGGCAACCGGUGGCUCCUCGCCACAAUGCCCCUCUGUUUGACUGCGGUUGCUGCGGCCUGCCCAAGCGCUACAUCAUCGCCAUUCUCAGCGGACUGGGCUUCUGCAUCUCCUUUGGCAUCCGUUGCAACCUGGGGGUGGCCAUUGUGGAGAUGGUCAACAACAACACAGUCUACAUCAAUGGGACACCUGUACUCCAGCCAGCUCAAUUCAACUGGGACCCAGAGACUGUGGGACUGAUCCAUGGCUCCUUCUUCUGGGGUUACAUCGUCACACAGAUCCCUGGAGGCUUCAUCUCCAACAAGCUGGCCGCCAACAGAGUGUUUGGGGCGGCCAUUUUUCUCACGUCCAUACUGAAUAUGUUCAUCCCUUCAGCAGCCAGAAGGCACUACGGCUGUGUCAUGUUAGUCCGCAUCCUGCAAGGCUUGGUGGAGGGUGUUACCUACCCUGCAUGCCAUGGGAUGUGGGCCAAAUGGGCCCCUCCCCUGGAGAGAAGUCGACUGGCCACCACCUCAUUCUGUGGUUCCUAUGCAGGUGCUGUGAUUGCCAUGCCUUUAGCAGGAGUCCUGGUUCAGUUUGUUGGAUGGCCCUCGGUCUUCUAUAUCUAUGGUGUAUUUGGGAUUAUAUGGUACAUCUUCUGGCUCCUGCUUGCCUAUGGGAGCCCAGCCGCCCACCCCACUAUAAGCGAUGAGGAGAGGAUCUACAUAGAGACCACCAUUGGCGUGGGUGUCAAAAUAUUGAGCUCCACUGAGAAAUUCAAGACUCCAUGGCGCCGUUUCUUCACCUCCAUGCCUGUCUAUGCCAUCAUCGUGGCUAACUUCUGCCGUAGCUGGACCUUCUAUCUGCUCCUCAUCAGCCAGCCAGCCUACUUUGAGGAGGUGUUUGGCUUCUCCAUCGGCAAGGUGGGGCUCCUGUCUGCUGUGCCUCACAUGGUGAUGACCAUCGUAGUGCCCAUCGGUGGCCAGCUAGCCGACUUCCUACGCAGUCGUAAAAUCAUGUCAACUACAAACGUCCGGAAAAUCAUGAACUGCGGAGGUUUUGGAAUGGAGGCGACUCUGCUGCUGGUGGUGGGGUUCAGUCACACACGUGGGGUUGCCAUAUCCUUCCUGGUGCUAGCUGUGGGUUUCAGUGGCUUUGCCAUCUCAGGGUUCAAUGUAAACCACCUGGACAUUGCUCCUCGCUAUGCCAGUAUCCUAAUGGGCAUCUCCAAUGGUGUUGGCACACUGUCUGGAAUGGUGUGCCCCCUUAUUGUUGGAGCACUGACUAAACACAAGACCCGUCUGGAGUGGCAGAACGUGUUUGUGAUAGCCGCCAUGGUGCACUACACAGGGGUCAUCUUCUAUGCUAUCUUCGCCUCAGGCGACAAGCAGGAAUGGGCAGAACAAGAGAGCACCAGCGAAGAUAAGGUCGGUAUUAUCGACGAGGAUGAGCUGGCCGAAGAGACAGAGCUCAACAGCGAGAUUGCCAUGGUACCCAAGAAAAGCUAUGGAACCACAGAGAACUCAUCGGGUCGCAAACAGGGCUGGAAGAAGAACAGAGGAGUCACCAUGCAGGAGGAUAAGGAUGAUGGGAACUCGCACCACGGGAAUGGGAACUACCAGGAGCAGUUUCAGUGAUGCGCCCUAAUAAUCAGGGGCAUUGGCUGUAUAGAUUCUCCAAAUUUUUCCUGGAGUGUGCACUUGCACACUUUCUCGCAUAGAAAACCUGAGGAAACCAGAGGAGGCUUAAUGGGAGGAGCUUUAGGAGGAUGGGCUCAUUGUAAUGGCUGGAAUGCAAUGAAUGGUACGAAGUCAAACAUGUGGUUUCCAUAUAUUUUAUGUGAUUGAUACCUUUCCAUUUAUUCCAUUCCAACUCCUACAAUGAACCCGUCCUCCUAUAGCUCCACCCACAUGUCUCCUCUGGUGGAAACUCCCUCCAGUCAAUGCUUACACCAAUCGUAUGCUUUUAUAUCCAUGACAUGGAGUGUGCAAAUGCCCACUUCUGGAAAAGGUUAUAGAACCAGGACACAAAAGUAUCUCUAUUGACCCCCUAUUCACUGUGCACUACUACUACAGGGAAUAGGGUGGCACAGUCACUUGAGCAGCACUGCAGGACUUCCCCUUCACGUCAACGUCCAGUGAAGGAAGAAGAGUAAAAUUCACACAGCCCGGCAGAACUAUCAGUGAUCAUUCUUCUGAGAAGUUACAAAAGAAGUUACAGCAUCUAUCAUUUACCACAAACUGACCUUUUGUUGUUGUUUGGUCAUUUGUGAUGACCACCUCUAUUCGGUCUUAUGUGGCAAAAUUUGAAAUUGUGUUUUUUACAUAGGAUAAAAGUAGAGCGUCAGAGCUACAAAAUGGCACAUCAUACACUGCCGUUGAGGAACAAUGGGAAAGUAAU